GGCACGCAACCGGGCUGAAUGUGAUGGUUCAUGCAUUUCCACCUUAUCAGAAAAUAUGCAUGUGGCGAAUCUCCAGCGAGAGUAGAAUCAACGUGUAUCUCAACAAAUCGAUAGCCUCUGUAUCGUUAAGCCUAGUGCACGACAUUUUUCCCACUCCAUAAAAGGUACCUUGCUUAAAGUGAGUUGGUCUAAAAGCAGACUAACACUGCAAUGAAACGCUUCAGAUGACAACAUGAAUGCACAUGAACUCGACUGACAUAGCUGACAAUUGUGGGUGUCGCAGGUAGUUUGUUCCCUGUGCCACAGGUUGUUGUAAACAAUGGGCUGGAGAUUAAUAUUUGCAGUCCUUGUCGUCACAGUCCCGUACAGCACGACCCAAACUUGCCAGAGAACCAGGGUUGGGAAACUUGGCGGUAGCAUCAUCUUCGGAGCUGCUUUCAACAUCCACCAACAGGCCGUCGGAGGGCAAGGGUGCUCAGACCGCGUGAACGCUGACGCUAUUCAGAGAUUGGAAGCUGCGCAUUUUGCUGUCAAGACUUUGAAUGAUCAGAGUUUUAUGCCUGGAAUAACUUUUGGGAUAAGAUCCUAUGACGACUGUGGUAUCGCGAGCACGGGGGUGCAGAGAGCCCUUGAUUAUCUCUCGGAGAGAGAAAGCUACAUAGAUGAAUCGGGAGAGGUUUGUCCUGCAGACGUCAUGUUUCCAGGUUUUAUUGCCUCAAUGUACAGUGGAGUGACGGCUAAAAUCGCAACGUUCUUGAACAACAUUCCAAUGGCCACUGUGAGCUAUGCCUCUCAUAGCUUGGAGCUCAGCGACACCAGCAGGUUCCCUUAUUUCCAGAGACUUGUUCCUAGUGCUAGCACCUCUGUACAGGUCCUGAUGUCCAUUCUGUCAAAACUUAGUUGGACCCACGUCUCUCUGUUGGUUGGAAGCGAUCCUUACGCGCAAGAUCUGAAGUCGUCUUUUCUUCAUCUCGCUUCCCUGAAUGAUGUCUGCAUAAUGACAGUACAGUCUGUAGACAAUGCGGACGCUACCAUUAAUUUUCAAAGCGUCAUUGCAGAGCUUGCAACAGCGUCUGCUAAAGGUGCACACGGGGUCAUCAUCAUGACAAUUCCGGAAAUCACAAUGCGUUUUUUUGAAGCGGUGAAGUCGCAGGCAGCUGUCCCGGGCGUGGCGUCUUUGCAGUGGAUUAUGGGUCUGCCCUUCCACGACGAAGCCGCGUACUCCCACUUGAAAGACACAAUUCGGGGAUUGAUCGCUUUCUAUGAAUACUCUGGGACUAUUCCUGCUUUUCAGGAAUAUUUCUUAUCUUUAACACCUGAAAACAAUACAGCAAAUCCCUUCUUUGGCAGCUACUGGGAACAGGUCAAUAAUUGUACUCUCAACGCGACUUGCGCUUCCUCACAAAACUACUCCCGUGCAGAGGAUUACAAACAACAACAGUUUGUCUCAGAAACAAUAGCCUCUGUGUAUACAUUUGCCCACGCUCUCAAAUCCGCUCAUACUGCCCUCUGUGGAGGUACCCCAGGACUCUGCGGGAAUCUGGUGAAUUUGUCUCCUAAAGAAAUGAUGAAAUAUCUUCGACAAGUGAAGUUCACCCAUUUAGAUGGCAGACCAAUAGCAUUUAAAGAAAACGGGGAGGCCAUGCAUACACAAUACGGGAUCCAAAAUAUUCAGCUCACUGGAUCUUCAUAUGAUAUCGCAGAGGUAGGGACUUGGGUCGAAGGGAAUUUAACCCUUACAGGCUCUGUCAAAAUGUACGAUAAAGAUGGCCAUGGUGUUCUUGGCUAUAUCAACUCUACCUGUGACAAUACUUGUACUUGUACCAACGUGCAGCAAGAUAACAGGUUUUCGAGAUUUGAUGACGGAGAUGUUUUUAUUUUGGGGAUAUUUAACAUACACGGCAAAGGUAAAGAUGUGCAGGAAUGCAGUAAGACAGUUCUUCAAACCAACCUCAUGGGGAAUCUUGAAGCGUUUUUCUACGCUCUGGAGAAAGUGAACAAUGACCCAACAGUCCUGCCCAAUGUACGUCUCGGUGGUUUGGUUAUGGAUAAUUGUCGGUUUCACCCAGAUCGCGUGUUACGACAACUUUCCAGUAUUCUGCUUAAAGAUGUAAAAGUAUUAAACUCCCAAGGAAAAUCUAUUCCAUUGUUAGGCGCCUUAUCGGGAAUUACAAGUGGAUCUGCUUUGUAUAUAAAUGAUUUUUUAGACCAAUACAGAUUACCGCAUAUUAGUUUCACUUCAUCGAGUGCUCUGUUGAGUGACAAAGCAAAACAUCCACGUUUUCUUCGAGUUAUUGGUUCUGACGUUGCGCAAGCCCAAGCGAUGGUGGACAUUGUUAAAACCAUGAACUGGACAUACGUGACCACAGUGUUUUCUGACUCGCCGUAUGGUCGUUCAGGAAUGAAACAGUUUUUAAAACUCGCAAAGAAAGAAGGUAUUUGUGUUGCUACACAGGUGAUGUUUGAAGAAUAUUUUGUCACUCAACCACACGCGGUAGACAACAUAAUUCAAUAUAUGAUUGCAGGAGUUUUCCCAGAAGCUAAUGUUGUCGUAAUGUUCGUAUCCGAAUCUCACGCACGUGCAAUUUUAGAAGCGAAAGAACGAUAUCUAGGAAACAAGACGAAUAAAGUGAUAUGGCUGGCGGCAGAUGCCUGGGGUCCGUAUGAGUCGGUUCCGAGCGGCCUGGAAAAGAUUGCUCGUGGAGCCAUAACACUAGGUUUCCACACAGCCCCAUCAGUGGAAUUUGGCCAGUAUUUACGCAAUCUAACAUUGGCUUCAAACACAAGAAAUGUGUGGUUCAAUGAAUUUUGGGAGCAACAUUUCGAGUGCGAUCUCUCCGGAAUUGGUAAAUAUGGCGUCGGUUGUUCCUCCAACUUGUCCCUCAAUGCACACGACAUUCAGCAGUACCAAGUGUCAGUUACAAAUGUCGUCGAUAGCGUGUACGUGUACGCGAAAGCACUGGAAAUGUUCUUGAAGGAUGCCUGCCCAGAGACACCGGAUCAGUUGUGCAGCGAAGCGGCUGCCAGCCUGGAUAGGGUCUUCAGCUAUAUGAAAGGCUUGGAGUACAAUGGGUCUUCUGGAAUGAGAGUGGCAUUCGAUACGUUUGGCGAUGGGGUGCCUAGAUAUGAUGUGUUUAAUUACCAAAAAGUAGGAGAGAAUACCCAUGGUUAUAAAAAGGUAGGGACUUGGAUCGACAGCGUGCUGGACUUGAAUGUCGAGAAAUUAUAUUCGUACAGAAACAACGACACCGCCCUUUCUAUGGCUAGCGAUGUCAUCUCAGUGUGUAAGAAAUCACCGUGUAAAUGUUCCACUGUGGAGGUAAUGGACAUGCCUUUCACAGAGCAAUACACGGAGUUCACACUGUUAGGAUACUUCCCGCUUCAUGCCCAAGGUCGUGGGGAUCUGCCCUGUGGAGAAAUUCAGCUUGGUAUGUACCAGCAGCUUUUAGCUUUCUACUACGCCAUCGAUCAGAUCAACAAGAAUGCUACCAUAAUGCCUGGUGCCAAAGUAGGGUAUAUGGUAUGGGAUACGUGUUCCUCUCCUGCCCACGGCGAGUUUGUAUUUGAGGGGUUUGACUUGAAUCUCCGUUUAUACAAUCAGCCCCCGGAUAUUCCAAUAUUGACCCAAGUCCUGGCAAUGAUUGGAGGUUACCAAAGUGACGUCACAGCCUCAAUCAGCUAUGCAAACCAGCGCGGAUAUCAUCUCGUACAGAUCAGCCCAUCAGCAUCGGCAGUGGAGCUCGGUAACAGGACCAGCCACCCCAGAUUCCUGAGAACUGUUCCCCCAGAUACCGCUAUGAUGGAGGCUAUGGUGGAACUGUUGCGCGAUUUCGGAUGGACUUACAUAUCUAUCGUAUACUCUAACAGUAGUGCUAGCCGCGCCAAAUUUAACACAUUUAAGGGUGUUUUAACCAGAAACGGCAUUUGCAUUGCUGUUGUCCAGAUGAUUGAUCCCAAUUUUAUGUCAGAUGCUCAGUAUGAUAGAAUAAUACAAAAUCUCACCACCUACAACGGGGCUGUUGGGGUCGCCAUCUUUGCGAACGAAAAUGAAAUACGCCAACUACUCCUCUCGGGGAAAAGGCAGAACUCUGCAGGGCGGUUUGUCUGGCUUAGCGGCGAUGACUGGGGUAAAAACCUCAAAAUUGUUGAUGGAGUAAAUGAAAUAGCCAGGGGAUCAUUCACAUUGAUGCCUGAUUCGGGAGCCGAUGCUACAUUUGACAGAUACAUUGAAAACUUAACAGUGAAUAGCUUUCCACGCGAUCCCUGGUAUAAGGAAUUUUGGGAGGAACAUUUUCAGUGUAGUCUACAGUAUGGUGGGAAGUAUGACAAGGCAUGUACUGGCGCGGAAACUUUCAAAGUAAAACCCCUGCUGCAGCAUUCAUACACAACCAGCACCAUUAAUGCCGUUUAUGCGUAUGCUCUGGGACUGACUAAUAUGUACAUGAAGAAGUGUGGUCGGGUAGAUCUCUUCUAUUGCAUAGAUAAAAUCCCGGGUCUUGACAAAGAUGUAAAAGCAUUGUAUGAUGAGAUACGGCAGCUUAGGUACACAGGUGCUGACGGACGUUCUUUCUAUUUUACUGGAAAUGGUGACGGAGCUCUCCGGUAUAAAGUGUUAAACUACCAGCCAGGCAGAGAGUCGGAUUAUGUCGAGGUUGGUUACUGGGAGAACGGAGAGCUCACUUUGAAUUUCUCAGCGUUUAAGAUGUACGACGAAAAGGGGAACAGCAUUCGCCCCAAGUCACGGUGUCCCGGGACGUGCACCCACUGCAUCUACCAGAGACCAGAGAUCGACACCACCAGAGUGCCGCUCAAGUUUGAAGAACAUCGUAGCAUAUGGGGCGUGGUCGUCAUAACAGUGACGGUCCUCGGCGUGGUAUUUGCUUUCAUCAUUAUGAUUUUCUUUAUAUUCAACCACAAUCACCCAGUAGUCGCCGGGGCCACCUCGUCGUUGAGUUUUAUUCUUCUCCUUGGAAUUAUUUUGCUGUAUUUGUUGAAUUUUGCCAUCAUGUUUUCCGAUGUUUGGGCAACGUGUGGAAUUAAGCGUUUUGGCCUAGGCUUCUUUUAUACGCUCAUCUUCACGGCAUUGCUGAUGAAAAUUAUACGUAUUCGUCGCAUAUUUAACAAAGCGAACGUUUCCAUGAAGCCCUCGUUUGUAGGGGGUCCCAGCAACAGUUUGGCUGCGUGUAUUCUUUUGUUGAUCGAACUUGUACUGGUGAUAGAAUGGCUGGUGCUGCAACCACCCAAUAUUGAACUUCAUCUAGACAACGUGAGCACGGACCCAGACUACCCGCUAUACGAUAUUGACUGGCGGUGCACGCACAGCAAGGAAUCUCUCGUCAUCUCCCUGGUUUACGUGUAUCUGUUGAUCCUAGCGACGCUCAUUGUGGGUUUCAAUGCGUGUAAAGCAGGGGACUUCCAGAGAGAAUCCCUCUGUAUCCUUCUCUCAACAAUUGGGACAAUCCUCAUCGUUGUUGCUUGGCUUUGUGUGUACAUGCUGAUGCCGCGAGAAUGGGAGAAGCCAGCAGUUUGUAUAGGUAUCACAGCUAAUGCAACCCUGAUAUUGUGUGUAAUGUUCACACCCAAGAUGCUGGUGAUGACGUCGGGCCAGACGGCCACACCCAAGGGAACGAGGUCCACCAGUAGCUUGGAGUAUGAUGCAACUUACAUAGCCAGCAGGGACAGCCGAGAUGUCGUGGGUCUUGUAGGCAUGACAAACAGAAGUUAUGAAGAUGACUCUGAUUUGGUGAACCCACGGUAUACCGGCCGCUCUAAUGUGAGCAGUAGCAUAGGUGGACCUAAACCCGUAGCCUCAUUUUAGUUGAAGUUAUCUAAACCGAACAAUCUACGGAGAUUCCUUAGAAGUGCAGCAAAUAGAUACUGAGAUUAAUUCCUCCAGCACUCCCUUAUAGACACUCCAGUCACAGAGUAUAGCAGAUAUGCGUUAGUCACAAUCGGAAUGAAAAACAUACUGUUCCGAAUAACAAGUUCACGUAUAAAAACGCUUACGUCUCAAGUAUUUAUUGCUUUUGUUAUUUGUGAAGAAAAACAGCGUUGAUGAUGUUUGAUGUUGGGUUUCUUAAUAAAUGAUUGUAGUUAAAAAACAUUUUUGAUAAAAAGCAAUGCAUGGUCACAAUCAUGAAGGUAUUUUUGAACAUUUUAUUAUUUAAAUUACAUUUAGUUAGCAAUUAAUUUUUUCUUUAAUCAAAGUCAUGUGCCUUUGUCCAGAUGUGUUGACUGAGGUAUAGAUUGCAUAUUAAAACAAAUCACUGUCUGAAUGACGUAUAUUAAGAUGCAUAUUACGUUAUUAGACAUUGACUGUGCUUAACACAGCAUGCAAUGUUGACUCGAUGGUAUUUGCGAGGUGGCGUGUAUACGUACAUGCUAGAAUAAAAAGGGAACCGGCAAAUGAAAUGAGCUACACCUAUUUUCAUGAUAAUGUUGCUAAGCCAGCUGCCUAAGAUUUUUAUAAUCAGUUUAUCACAGCAAAUUGUAUUUUAGCUUAUAUAAGAAUGAGGAUAAUAAACUCUGAA